AUGAAAACGAAAGAAAAUGUAGCAAUUAAAUCUGUAUCAAGAUCAAAAUUGACAAAAAAAUUACUUGAAAACUUAGAAUCAGAAAUAAAAAUUCUCAAACGAAUUCAACAUGAUCACAUAGUUCAAUUAGUUGAUUGUGAAAAAUCUGAGAGUCACAUACAUUUAAUUAUGGAAUAUUGUACUAUGGGUGAUUUAUCGCAAUAUAUAAAGCAAAGAGGAGCAAAUAACCACUCAUCAUCAAAGGGUCCAUCUGUUGGGCUAAGUGAAUACGUUGUCCGUCAUUUUUUAAAACAAUUAGCGAAUGCAUUGGAAUUCUUACGAUCACAAAAUUUAAUACAUCGUGAUAUAAAACCUCAGAAUCUUUUAUUGGUAGAACCUAAACAGAAAAAUUACGGAUCUGUGGUCGGGUCACCGGAUUUACCAAUUUUAAAGAUAGCAGAUUUUGGAUUUGCGCGUUCAUUGCCGUCUUCAUCUUUAGCAGAGACAUUAUGUGGCGAUAAAAUAAAGUUUCCUAGUAAAAAUCCUGGAGUGGCGAUCCAUUCAGCAAAUACUCACGAUGACAAUUUGCCUGCCACCUCACCUACUAAUUCGACUUCUCUAAUUAGUGAAGAACUUAAAGAUUUAAUAAGACAUUUGUUGAAACGUAAUCCUGUAGAACGUAUUUCUUUUGAAGAAUUUUUUAUGCACCCUUGUGUUGUAGGUGAUUUAAUACCUCAACCAUUGACAAAUUCAUUUGAUCCAAAAGAGAAACCAGGCGAUAAUUUGAAACCUAAUAGGAUCACAAAUACGCCAUCAACAAACAAUUACUACGCAUCAAACCAAUCACAAAAGAACUCGUUUAAAGAUAACAGUAAUAAUGCUAAAUAUCAACAAAUUUUACAAAGGUCUCCUAAAUCCCCAAACAUAGAUAAAAUGUUUGAACGAUCAAAGGACAACAACAACAAUAAUAAUGAAUUUCUUCAAGUCAACAACGAAGUUCAGCCUUCCUAUGAUAAUCGAUCUCCAUCACCUUCAUUAUUAGUGCAAACACCUUACCCACAGGAUGAACUUGUAAAAAGGCAAAACACUGAUGCUGAAAACUUUGAACAUUCAAAUAGAUCAAAUAGUGCCGAAGAUGAUGUUCAAUUUGCGAGGGAAUAUGUUUUGAUUGAGAAACGUGCAGUCGAGGUUAAUAAAUUGGCUGAUGAUCUUGCUGUAAUACCCAAAUCGAAUGGAAGUUCACAGCGACCUUUUCAUAAAGGUACAGCCUUUGCGUUUUCAGAUGCCUUGCCCUCAAAACCCCUUGAUUUUCCAUAUAAGACUUCACCAAAUCAAAAUUCUUUCUUUUAUUCGACAACACCACCUUUUGCUAUACCACAAUCCAGUCAAGACAAAAGUAGCCCUGUUGGAAGUAUAGGUAGUAGUGCAUCUUCGGCUCUUGCUAGAGCUUUAAAUGUUGCAUCAGUUCGUUUAUUUGGUACUGGUAAUUCACCGCCAUCUUGGAGUGAUAAAUAUUCAAAACAAAAAGGCAAUUCUGCUUUACUUACAAAUGACGUUAUACUUGAUCCCGAGGAAGAAGCAGUAAUUAAAGCAAUAGAGGAGUAUGCUCAAAAGGCACAUUUUGUUCAUCAAUUUGCUGAUUCAAAAAUUAAUCAACUCUUACCACCACCACCUACUAGCAGCAAUGAAUUAGCAUAUAAUUCACCACCCACGCCUCAAGCUGCUAUUACUUUGGCUGAAGAAGCAUUUGUUCUAUAUGUUAAAGCACUUUCAAUAUUACAAGCAGCAAUUGUUUGUGCAAAAGAUUAUUUAUCAAAAUCAAAUGAAAAAGAAGAUUUAUUUAAAAAAAAUGCACAUCCUAAAUUAAAUACCGCUGUGCAAUGGGUUCGUGCAAGAUUCAAUGAAUGUUUGGAAAAGGCUGAGUAUGCAGAAUCUAGAUUCCUCGCAAAUGGAGAAAUGACGACCGAGGUUGUUGUAGAGAAGUUGCUUUAUGAUAAAGCAUUAGAAAUGUUAUUAAAUCAAUCAAAAGAACUAGAAGUAUCAAAAGCACCAAUUGAAGAAGAACAAAAAGAAGAAUCGUUGACGAUGUUAAAUCAAAACCAAAUUUUACCAUUAGAGAUACUUGGAGUUAUUUUCGAGUAUCUUGACUUGUUGGAGAUAGUAAAGACCGUUAUGGCUACAUGCCAGCAAUGGAGAGAAAUCGGAAUAAACAUUAUUUCCAGACGGUUAAGGUGCGAAAUAGAGCGCAUAUCUGAAUCUCUGGUCUAUUUUUCUGGUACAAAUCGAAAAAAUAAUGAUGACGAUGAUAAUGUUGAAGCUCAACAAGAUGGUGAAAGAUCUCCACGAAAUAAUUGA